AUGAGCCAGUUUCAAAACAUUCAAUUACAUUCUUCAAAAGAGUUUCUCAUAUAUGGGAUAUCAUGUGCUGUUUUAUACCUUCUUAUCGUAGCCUCUCUUCGCUAUUCCAGAGUUCGGUACUUGCAAAAGAAAUACCCUUAUACACGGGAUACUUUCUGGAGAAUGACAGACCAUGACGCAUGGGAAAUCCAAAAAGCAAUUCUGCAGCUUGAAUUCCCUUUUACCAGUUUGAAAUCUUUACAAUUCGCGCUAUUCCGGACAUACGGCAUCCCGACGAUAUCGAGUUUGCUAGCCAGGACAACGGAGCUUUCGAGCACAGCGACAUCUUUCAAGCGCUAUGCUGAUACCGCUAUCUUGAUCGGCGAGUUCAUGGCAUUUGAACCAUCAUCUCUCCGCACGCACGAAGCUAUUGCUCGUACCAAAUUUCUGCACACUGGAUAUAGAAAUAGUGGCAAGAUUCUCGAAGAGGAUAUGCUUUAUACACUCAGUCUCUUUGCACUCGAGCCUAUCCGUUUUAUCAAGAAUUACGAAUGGCGUGAGUUGACUGAACUUGAGAGAUGCGCUCUUGGUACAUACUGGAAGAGCCUGGGUGAUGCCCUUGGAAUCAGUUACGAGUGUCUCCCGUCGGGAAAGAAAGAAAAGUCAGACACAUUUCGUGAUGGGCUGCACUGGCUGGAGGAGAUUGGUGCGUGGAGCGAUGCAUAUGAAGUUGCCAAUAUGAAACCCCAUGCGAAAAACAAAGAAGUUGCUGAUAAGACUACCGAUGUUUUGGUUUUCACGUUACCGCACUUCUUGGAGCCGACAGGUGUCGCAUUUGUUUCUUUCAUAAUGGAUGACAGAUUGCGAAAUGCCAUGAUGUACAAACCCCCACAUCGCAUUUAUAAAAUUAUUUUCUCAACGAUGCUGGCCAUAAGAAGGGCUUUCCUCCGUCAUCUAGCUCUUCCACGACCCUUUUUUAUGCGCUACGACGUUUUCACUGAAAGACCAAAUGAUCAGGGUCGAAAUUUCCUCAAGAUAUGGGACGCAUUUCCAUACUAUGUUAAGCCCACGUUAUGGAAUCGAUGGGGUAUCGGCGCUUGGGGUAGACGGCUGACUGGUUUGCCUCUACCUGGUGACGACGGUGACAAAUAUUGUCCGCAAGGAUAUCAAAGCUGGAGCGUUGGCCCGAGAGUUUUUGAAGGUAAGGGUGUAUCACAAAUGGAAGAGACCAUGGCAACUUUAAGGAGGAAUAGAAAGGGAGGUUGUCCUUUCUGAAACCUAACUACUUUGAAAAGUUUUUCCGAGGACAAUGUCGUAUGGAGGUAUGGCUUAUUCAAGAUUGCUUGAUAAGAUUCAGCGGUAGUAGCGAUGUUGAUUUUGCGAUUUGUGGUUAGAUCCGAGAAAGCUCAAAUACAGCGGCAAUCAAGGAUACUCUAAACAUGGAAUCCUUGUUUGAAACACAUGUAUUUAAGCCUAUUU